AUGUCAUCUACAUUUUUAUCAUUAACCUCAGAAGCCAGUGAGCCAUUUGUUAUCCCCAACGUUUCACCUGUCUCAUCGCCAAAACUAACUGCCAAGCUGAGCAGACAAAGUAGCAUUUCCGAAACUUUGGCCAGCUUGAGAGGAAGAGCCAAUAGUGGAGGUACUUCGUUGUUGAAGCCUUUGGCUGCCAUUGAUGAUCACGAUUCUCAAGUUGCUGUUAAUGACGGAGAAGAGCUUUUGCCAGUUAGAAAACUCUCAGCCAUUGACUUGAACUAA